ACCGCGGAGGAGUAACUCGCGUUGUUGUGUUUCCUCGUUGAUUAUUCAUAGCUUUUUCAUAGCUUUCGCUUCACUUUUGUCGCUUUAUUGUGACGGAAGCGAUAUUUUUCUCGAUAGUCCUAUCCGAAAACGGAACGAUGAUAGGACAACGAGAAAUAAUAGCAGACUUCUUGUUAAUUCUUCUCUCCGUCGCCGCACUAUUUAACUUAGCCAACGCCGGCGGACACGGACACGACCAUAGUCACGUGGUAAUCCACGUGCCGUACCAGAUCAAGAAGAUCCAACACACGCACACGAUCACGAAACACAUACACCACGGCGGCGGCGGCGGUGGCGACAGUUAUGAAGUACUCGGAUAUACCUAUGGUCAUCCCAUUUCUCUUGGAGGUCACGACGGCGGCGGCGACGGUGGUCAUGAUUUCGGAGGUGGCGGCGGUGGUCAUGAUUUCGGAGGUGGUGGCGGUGGAGGCCACCUAGAGCUAAGCCAUGGUGGUGGUUUCGGAGGAGGCGGAGGUGGAUUUGGCGGCGGCGACUGGGGAGGGCAUUAGAAAUAUCCUCGAGUGAAUUAUCGAUAACUUUCGAGAAAUGUUAAAAUUAGCUUUAAAGUAGUCGACAUGAUAACCCUUCGAAACAUAUGGAAUGUUUUUCAUCCCUGUUUUCCUGGCUGAUAACGCUAGUUUUGGUAUAUUAUUUCUAUCAUAAGACAAUGUCGCUCAUUUGAUAUAACAAUGACAUUAUUCGAAAAUUGUUUUUUCAUUGCUUACGAAAAACGGGAAUGUAAAGAUAGAGAAAACUAUACUUUCAUUUCUCUAGAAUCAGUUAGUAUUACACCAAAAUUAUGAUGAAUUUUAAAAUUAAUAUUAUAAAAUUUUCACGAUUUAAAACAUUCGAAUUAAGUUUCUGAAAAAUUAUUUUUUCAAUUAUAUUAUUAUUGCAAAUGAGCGAUAUAAUAUCCAAAAACUGAAGUUGUUGCAAUUGGGUUAGAAUCAAUAAGCGGAAAAAAUUUUUUAGGAAAAUAUUAUCACGUGUAUUAAUGAUCUAUAGAAGGUAUAUAAAGUAACAACAAUGCACUUUUAUCUGAACUGUCAUCAGACAGAUAACUAGUAUUUGUGAAAGAAUAUAUGUACAUGCUUUAAAUGUUCGCACGCACGAGACUUCUGUGUGCAUCAAUACAAUGACUGACUCGAUUUCACAUUUUUUAACAAUGCAAGCGUCCUAUAAUAAUGUGAAAUCGAAUGAUCCAUUGUUCUGAUGCAUUUCAACAAUAGGAUCAUUUUAUGGAACACCGACUGAUUUUUUAUCAUUUUUGACUUUCGAAAAGCUA